AUUGUCGACGUCGUCAUAUGAUUCAAAAAGUUGUACCAUUUUUGUCGUGGGGAUUAGACGUUCAAUGUCCGGCCGGCCCCUGCGUCAGUCGGCCGUUUCUCGUCGUUCAAAAAUCAAAUCCAAUUUAACCAGUGAUUCCAUCCAUUCCCCCCCCAUAGCCAAAGUUUUCUUCCUGAAUUUGUUAACAAUGUCCGGAUAGAUUCAAGAAGAAAAAGUUAACUUUGGUGCGUGACAUAACAAAUACGAGCAACUGUAUGCAGAGCAGCUCGGAAGACGAGCAUUUAUUGGUGGUCUCUGCCGGUGGCCGGAACGUUACCCCAAGUGAAGGAGGGUUGGGUAGGGGGAAAUGGCGUCGACCGGAACCGGGACGAUGAAACAACAACGGCGAAGGUUUUCGCUGCAAACGCCAGUCAAUUUCAUCAGCAAAAUGGGCAGGAAGUUGAGCGUUGGCAACAACCAGCACCAACAACAGCCGAGUGCUGCUGCCUCCGCUCAGCUCUCUUUUCGCUCUUCAUCCGUGCCCGGAAGUCUGAACCAUUUGAGUGACCCCUACGCGGCGGUGGUGGUGGCGGCCGGCAAGAAAAAGGAGCGGGCCGGCUCCCGCAGCCGCUGGAGUAAAUCCAAUUCAUUUUCCAGCGUCUGCGACAGCGAAGAGGAGCUCAAUCGACAAUUUGCCGAUUUCGACACGUGUCUGAGCGGAUUCGACGACGCUCCGGCCCGGCCCGUCCGCCAAUCGCUGCCCGUUCCGACCAUUCUCCUCCAGCCGGCCGACGAUGACGACGACUCUGAUUUGGGCGAGAAGAAGCCGGGCGGCCGGCAGCGAUCGCGAUCCGAGACGCGAUCGCCGUCGCAUUUCUCGCGAUUUCUCAAAUUCAAUCGGCGACGGACCAGUCCGACCAAUCAUUCGCCGACCUCGCCCGUCUCCCAGUCGCUGGAAUUCCCCGUGCAAUACGAGCGACGGGGCUCUUUCCAGUCGACGCUGGGCAUCACGACGCCCAUCCUCAAAUGUUCACUGGAGCAACUGCCGGAAGGCGUUCAAGUUCACCACGCCACGCGAACUUGCAGCCCGUCGCCGGAACAUUUCAACGGCCCGUCGCUUUCGCCGUCGGCCCUGCUCAACUACGAGCCGGACCGAUUCCGAUUCGACAGCAAGUCGACGGCCAUCGUCCGCGAUCGCUCGGCUACUUUCUCCUCCACCGACGGGAUGGAUCGCCGGAAUCCGUCGUUGGAACUUGUUCCGCGCGGCACGGUCCAGCGGGAGCGCAGCGUUUCCUUCUCGGCCACGCAGGCGGGCGGCGGGAGCAGUACAUCCUCGUCGUCGAGUUCCCGCACUCCGCCGGAUGAUCGGAUGACAAAGAAACGUCGUAGUUUGAGUCAUCUUUUCUGGCCGCCGUCCGCCCUGUUUGGUCGCAGCAGGACCAAGAGCCGGAGUGUGGAUCAAAGUUUGGCGGCUGCUUUCGACGUGGAUGUCAUUGGCGGAUUGAGUCGUUUAGCCGGAUCGGCUUUGGGGAGUAGCACUGACAGCGGCGGAGGAGGAGGCCGUCCCGGUAGUCCGAUCGGUGAGCGACGAUCAAGCGGAAGCGGUGGCAGCAAUAGCCGCCUAGCGGAGGACACGCUGGCGUAUACGGUGCAGAGCAACGACACGCUGACCAGUUUGGCCGCCCGUUUCGACACGACGCCGUCGGAGCUGGUCGCCAUCAACAAACUCCAUUCGCGGCUGAUUUUCCCUGGACAGGUGCUGCUCGUUCCGCGCAAAGAUGCCGACGCCAACCGAGGAGCUGGAUUGGAGUCUGAAGGAGCCGGGACGUCGUCGUCGUCAGAGCCCGGUGAAGCCGGGACUGCUCUAGGGCCCCAAAUGGCUUUGAAUGUUUCCAUCAGGUCGUCGUCAAGCAAUAGCAAUAUCAACGAAGUCGGUCGCGACAGCAAUGGCGGCUAUUCGUCACCCACAGCCGAGCGCCCCAUCGAGCACGCGUUUCUCGAUAGUUUGCGACCUCCCGGAUCGCCGAGGUUCAACAGGGCCGAUUUGUCUUUCACCAACCAGGGGAGUGGUGCCGGGCAGAGCGGCUCGUCGGCCUCGGAUUUCGCCAAUAUCGAACGAGAAAUCAACAACGAAGAAUUACUGACCAGCAUGGACGUGGAGACGGAACGCAUCAGGGAUCGCAGCGCCUAUGAGAAAUUCCUGAAAAUUCACGUCAGGCACAUAACGGACGGCCAGGGAGUGGUGGCCGGCGUCCUGCUCGUCACGCCCAACACGGUCAUGUUUGAUCCCAACGUGUCGGACACGCUGGUCAUCGAGCACGGCGCUGAAGCGUACGGCGUCAUUGCGCCCAUGGAAUUCGUCGUCAACGCGGCUCUCUAUCCCGACAUUGCUCACAUGCGGCUGGCCGACUCCAAGGGCCAGCCCGACCAGCCCAUCACCGAUCCUAUUUACUUCCCGACCAAUUGCCCGUUGCACCGGAAGUACUCGAUUCUCAAGGAGAAAGCCCACCUCAAGGGCAAACAGACGUCACCAGAAGAGGCCGUUGUUGAUCUCGAUCCAGCUGCCGGAAUACUCGCUAUAGCCGGUGACAUUCAACGCCGGUGGAGUGAAGGAGAAGACACAAGGGAAUCAUGUGAAAGCCAGGCGACAGCUCAAGAGGACGACGCUGCUGGUUCGUCAAAGACGUCCGAUGCAUCGCCAUUGCCCGCCCCAUCGCAAGAACCACCAACACCCAAAGACAAAGAAACUAGGGCCAACUCGUUGACGGCCGAGAGUGUCGACGGAGCGGUCGUUACAGUCGUCUCCGAGCCUCUUUGUCCAAUUAUUCCUCCGCCAUCCGUUGUUGAGGCCGCUCACCAGAGUGGCCAUGUCAUCCGACUCCACGUUAAAAAUGAACCUGUGGUUCCGUCGGCCGUUGCCGAUGUGGCGGCUGGGCCGCCCGAAAACGAUUUAGUGGACAAGUCAUCGCUCUCCAGUGAUAAUACCAAAUUGACCAGUGGCAUCCGCGUUGUCUCGUCCAUGGACAAGACACCCAGUGGCGAACGUGAAGACGAGCUUUGCAUCUCGGAAGAGCUCAACGUCACUGAUGAUGACGACAAAGACGAGGCGUUCCACUCUUCCACGGGCUCUGGUUAUGAGCAGGCCAUUAGCGAGGCUAUGAUUGAUGAGUCCGAGUACCGGGCACGUCAUUUCAGCGUUGGGACAACAUCGUCCAUGGGGCCCCAUCAGAGUGGCGCCGCUCGGAGUCGAGCAAUGCACUCGAGUUUCCAUCGCCAGCCGCGUCAUGCUUCCGGAGGCUCUGAGCCCAUCCCGGCAAGUCGCCCUCAAUCCAGCUCUCCGGCUCCUAUUGCAUCCUCGCCUGAAAGUAGAGGACAGCGAAUGCUGAAACGUUUGUCGUAUCCGCUGGUGUGGAUGGGUGAAAGUCUGACUGCCGAUUCCAAAGAAAACAGUCCCGUCUUGCCCGCCGAUAAAGAUCCUAAUGCCGAGUCUGUGUUUUCUAAAGUCUUUUCCAGUAACCACCCAGAUCAUUCGGUGGAAUUGAGCUGUGACAAUUCGAUGGUGAGCCAAACCACCCCCGAAGAGAGUUUGAUGGUUCCCGACUUUUCCGAGUUUAUCGUUCCGGAUCGAUCCGGUAUUCUGUUGGCCACGGCGGCCGCCAUUGCCAUUGGCACAAUCGACGGGGCGAGGAGAUUAUCAACCGAGAACAGUUUGAAGCUGGACAGCCGUUUGGUGCCCAAUUUGUUCCGGGGCAAGGACCAAGGUCAUCAUCAUCAACAGCAGCACCACCAACACCACCACCACAACAACCCAAUUUCAAGCGGCCAACCACCGGCCGGUGCUCAACCCAAACUCGGUUACAGGAGCAUGGUGUCGGUCGAUGACGUGCCCGAAUUAUUUGCCUCGCUGGAUAUCCUUCGUUCGCCGUACUUCGAACUUAACUUUAUCGAAUUGAUUCCCAAGCCAGCGCAGCCGUGCGAUGCCCCGCCACUCUACUUGCGACUGAGAAUGGGAAAACCGCUGAACCGCAAGGGAGGCAUGACCACGCCCAUCAUGUCGUACGGAAAGAAAAAGAUGAAGCCCGAAUACUGGUUCAGCAUCCCCAGAGACAAGGCGGACAGUUUGUGCCGAUUCUUUUUGCUGUGGUCGCCGGAUGUGUACGGAGAGCCGGGCGAUGCCGACUCGGUGGCUAAACGAGGUUUCGAGCUCAUCACGGAGGAUCUCGAAUGGGAGGAGCCGAGUCCCGUGCGAAGGACGAAACCCGUCAAGAAAGCCAAAGGCCAACUUGGCGGCAAGAGCAAGAGCGGCGAUCACGAUCAAGUCGGCGGCGAAGAUGAGGACGAUCCCCUCGGAGUCACGGCCGAGCUGGCCAAGGAAUCUUGGGAGCGUGCCAAAGCUCCCUAUGUCCGCUUGUUCACCAUUCUAAAGACGCAGGCAACGCUAUUCGAGAGUGACCAGGAUGAGAUCGUUUCUCUGAACGAAGAAGUGCGCAGGGCGUUGUACGGCUCUGAACGUUUGAGCGCACUCGAUCUGGACUCGUACCUGCCCGACUUGAUUGGCCCCACCGAAGUGCUGACUGACGAAUAUCGCAAACAGCUGGCCAAACAUUUGCCAGCUCGCGUCGAAGGUUACCCUUGGUCGCUGGUGUUUAGCACGUCUCAGAAUGGAUUCAGUCUCAACUCGCUGUAUCGUAAAAUGAUCGGCAUCGAUAGUCCCAUUCUGCUGGUGAUAGAGGACACGCAGGGAAAUGUUUUCGGCGCCAUCACGUCGUGCGAAAUUCGCGUCAGCGAAUCAUUUUACGGCACGGGCGAAUCGCUCCUCUUCGUCAUCAACCCCAAAAUGCAAAUUUAUCCGUGGUCGGGCGACAACUCUUAUUUUAUUCAAGGCAACAACGAAAGCUUGGCCAUCGGAGCCGGAGAUGGCCGUUUUGGAUUGUGGUUGGACGGCGACCUGAACCAAGGGCGGACGCAGACGUGUAAAACAUUCGGCAACGAUCCGCUCAGUCCGGAUGAAGACUUUUGGGUCAAGACGCUCGAGUGCUGGGCGUUCAUGUGAAAGGGGCAUUCAUUUGGUUGUUGAUUGUAACUCUUAUAAAAUCUCUCUCUCUCUCUCUAUAUCUAUAUAUCUAUCUUUCUCUCACUCUUUCACACACACUCACACAGAUAUGCAGACACACACCACCAUCCCCACGUAUACACGUCAGUGUAACACACACAUACUCUACUCUUCAAACAAUUCCCUUCCUCUCCCCCCCUCUACCUCCUCCUCCCCGCCCCAUUUCUACCACCUCCCUCGACCUGCAUCAAUUACCCUCUCGCGCCAAAUUAAAUAUCGUAGCUAUAUAUAUUAUAUAUUCUAACCAAUAAUGGAAAUAAAAAGAAUGAAACGAAAAAAAAACAAACCCAAAAAAAAGGAGAAAAAAAAAGCACAUCAAGAUAUUGAUCUUGUAUUGUUGUUCGCUAGUGAGGGUGGGAUCGUUGCGAUUCACUCUGUACGUCAAUUUUUCAAAAACUGUGUGUGUGUUAUAUAAAUAUACAGCUCUAGAUCAGAGCCGCAUCGGCGCCCAACCUGCCCUGCCUGGUGUUUUUUUGUUUUGUUUUUUUCUGUACAGAUCACAUUACUACGUACACAUCUCCUUCCCUCUUUUCCCUCCAUCUCUUUUUCUCUCUUCUCCUCUUCGGUUAAAUUGUCGUCGACGGCCUGAAAAAAAACAAAAGUUUCCGUUUCAACGCAAAUGAAAAACAAAUCCCUACUCCCAUCCUUCCAAUGUUCGUUCAAACAUGUCAUUGUGUUGAUUUACAAAUCCCUUUGCCCAUUAACAUGAUUUGAAGAUAAAAGUUAAAAAUAACAACUCAAAAGCAAACACGGGAUCGACCCCAACCCGAAAAAAAUAAAAAUCCUGCAGCCGAAAAAAAACCACAAAUAUUUGCAACCCCAUCGAAAAUAGUGUUGAACAUUUUUUUUUUAAAUCCUUUCUGUAAUUCAGAAGAGAGUUAAGAGACGAGGAAUUGAACGGUUGUUGUUGGUAUAAUGUUGAUGUCAUUUAAUUGUUUGGUUGCGUAUAUACUAUUCUCUUCUGUAUAAGCAAUACACACACAACAUGGCUUUCACAAUCAAAA